AUGAGUGACCAGUCAUCCCUCCGUGACUGUCCUCCGCACCCCCAUCAGCACAUCCACACAGACUCCCAGGCCCCUGUGUCCUUCCCCGAGUUCUGCUGGGUCUUUGGCUUCCCCGUGGGACCCUCUGGCUGUGGCUCCCUGCUCCUCCUCUAUGAGCUGCUGGACCAGAGCGGAGGCCUGGUGCAGAGGGGGAGGGCCAGUGCGUGUACCCAGACAGGGCAGCACCCGGAGGGCAUGCUCUUCGCACCACAGGGCUACCUGUGUUCGGUGCUAGACGUGUGUGACUCGGUCAGCUCCGUGCGCGUCUACUCCAGCCACUCCCCCUGCGAGGAGCCCAGCCACCAGUGCUGCAGCCUCCUCCUGGCCUUCCUCCAGCACCACCCCUGGCUGCGCCUGGACCUCUUCUUCUCCCACCUCCACCACCACACGCAGCCCCACUGGCCCCAGGCCCCGGCUACCAGAGAGGCCCUGUGCAGCCUGGCAGCCCUCUGGCCCAGGGCUACCCUCAGCCCCUUGUCAGGCUGGGCGUGGGCUCACCUGCUGGGCUGCUUCGUCACAGACGCCCCCCUGGCAGUGAUCCGGGCUCCACUGCUGCCGGGCCGGGUGAGCGCGGACAGGCUGAAUGCAGUGGAGCUGUCGGCUAUCACGGGGAUCGGCCCUGCCUACUUGGACCUUCCGGCAGGCGGCACCCCUAACAACACAGAUGGGGACAGUAGCCAACUAUCUGCUGGACCCAGAACCAUCCUGCCUCCACCCCACCUCCCCUCUCCAGACGACCCAACCUCUCAUACUCUCCUUGGGCCACCCCCUGGGCCUUCCCAGCCUCCCCAGGGAUCAGGCCCGUACACAGCCCCCGUACGGCCCAUUAACGUGGUGAGGCAUGUAAGGAUGCCCCAACCCCUGGUGGAAGCUGGGCCUGGUUCUCUCACCACCGUGCCCUCUCCUCUGCUGAAGGGGCGGCCUGUGGAGGUGGUGCUGGUGACAGAGAGGGACAUGAUGACAGACACUGCAAGCAGCUCAGCGCAGCAGCCCUCAAGCUCAAGCAGCACGUCCACAUAUAAGGGCAUUAAGGGAAGAAAGGGUAGAAAGUGGCGGAAGUAG